AUGAGGUUGUGGCAAGAUUCGCAGCACAGAGUUGCACUAAACACUGUGCUCAAGAAACAUUAUGAACUGAGGCCUAAGGCUCUUACGGUGGAUGACAAGCUAAAGGUCCUUGGAUGCAAAGAUCUUGAGAGGAGAAUUGUUGAAACUGAAAUGGAGUUGGCACAGGCGAAGAGUCAAGGCUAUCUUAAAAAUCAGAAAAGUCACUUGAAACGCAAUAGAUUUAGAGGUUCUUGGAUGCCACAAGAUGAUGCUUUGAAAAAGCUUGAGGAAAGAGGAGUUGUCAUACGCUUUGUGAUUGGUCGGAGGGUUAAUGGAUUGUAUGUGCAGGUGGUUGUUGCUGUGGAUUUCAAUGACCAAGCCACAGGACAGCAAACAAUGCAGCAGAAUCUUCAAAACAUCAGCCUAAAAACGGGCGCUCACAUGGAAUCUCACGCAGCCUCGGUCCUCACUCCUUUCGCGUUCUCCAAGCUCCAGGAACAGCUUGUACUUGCAGCUCACUACGCUUCGUUCCAGAUGGAGGACGGGUAUCUCGUGAGGCACCACACAAAACUCGAUGGAGGAAGAAAAGUGUACUGA